AUGUUCAGAUCAAGUCUUGCCAGACUCUCCGUGGGCCUCAGAGCCUUCUCGGGAGUGGCCAGGACCUCCACUCCACUCUUUCACAUCCAGCCUCGUCUGGUGGCUAUUACUCAAACUCUCUCGAGAUUGCAGACCAUUCAGUUCCCUCAGUCUUGGACCCAGCCAAAGAUGGCAGAAGCUCCAGAAGUAGAUGCUGCAGAAGCAGAUGCCGCCGAAGACAACACAGUUUACAUGGAUUCGGUGUUGAGAAAGAGAAGACUAAAGAUGAAGAAGCACAAGUUGAGAAAGAGAAGAAGAAAUCAGAGAGCGUUGAAGAAGAGAUUAGGUAAGAUCUAG